AUGGCAUUACCGCUAGCGCAUCUCUUACUAUACGCUGCAGUGGCAUGCAGUCAGCAACGAGGUACGACAUUUUCCAAUCUCUUCACGGAACUUAAUCACAGAGAAGCAUUCCAAACCAUAGUACUAGAGAAUUGUGCGCGAAACACCUUUAUCAGCGAGCAGGUUUGGGCCGAAACACCGAAACUAUUGCUGGAUACAAAACUACACCAUCAAACUGAGCUCAAGAUGCACUUCAAUCAUCAUAUGCUGGUGAUUGUUUGUAUUGAAGCUGAAAAUAUGGCAAUUGAUGCACUAAAUGCGCUCGCCAAUCAGUUGCAGCACAUACGCCAAACGCGCAUCAUACUCUGGGUUGAGCACAAGGCUGCCUACUUGGCUGCGGUGCGCAAACGUCAAAUCGUCACUGAGUUAUUUCGCUACGCACAGUCGCUGCAAAUGUUGAAUGUUAUCGCACUUUUUGGUGAUUUUGGUGAUUUCGAAAGCAACAACUUGGUGUACACCUUCGACGCUUUUCCCAGCUUCAAACUCAAAUCCGCGCCGCUUACAACAGGUAUUAAUUACUUUCCCGAUAAAACAUGCCAACUAUACGGUCAUCCGCUCUACACGUUGCCAGAUCAGAAUCAACCGCGUACAUUACUGUAUCGCGAUACUAACGGUAAAUUGCAGCUUUCCGGUUAUGUGGGUAAAUUGGUGCAAGCUUUUAGCCAGCACCUCAAUGCCACCCUGCGCUUUUCACAAGCCGUUACCAUCGGCGAGAACAUAUAUCAGGGAGAUCAACUGAAUCGCACACGUUCGGGUGAAAUUGACUUUUCAACAAGUUUGGGUUCGUAUAAAUUCUUCGCGAACACGUAUGACUUCAGCUAUCCCUUUGAGUUCGCCAAAUGGUUGAUGAUGUUGCCGUUGGAACGUGAACUCGAAGUGAACGAAAUGUUUCUGUACAUUUUCCAAUCUCAACUGCUGCGCUACAUUAUUGUGAUAUCCGUUGUGACAUUUCUUACACGGCCACCCACCAAGCCACGUAUUCGUAGCUUAGAGGAUCUCGCCCGCUCGAACGUACGUUGUUUGAUUAAUAUGAGGGAAAUUUACGUUUUUAAGCAAAUAUAUGGCGAGGCGGGUUGGUCGCACUACAGGAAUGCAUUUGAAGUGAUCUCUUCUUGGCCAGAAUUCCUCGCCCGUCGUCUGUCUCUGAAUACGUCGUACGGUUACACGAUCACCACUUCAUUGUGGCCCAUAAUUGAGCUGAAGCAAUCAUUUAGUCAACGCAAACUCUUUCGACUGACCACAGAUAUCGUUAUGGAUGAUGAUCUGGUAAUGGCCAUACCCAUACAGGAGAACUCCGUAUAUAAAACUGCGCUCGAUCGGUUUGUAAGCGCAGUGCAAGAGGCGGGUCUCAUCCAUUAUUGGCGGGAAAUGACGUUUUUCGAUAUGUUAGCUGUCGGCUCGAUAAAGCUGGACGGCCUGAAUGAUUCACGCGCAUAUAGAGUGUUGGUCCUUGGUGAUUUCCAUUGGAUGUAUUGGCUGUUUAGCGUUAAGUAA